AUGAAGGCAGUGGUGUCACAUGAUACGAAAGAUUUCUACUAUGAAGAGAGCAUCCCAGUAAUCACAAAGGACCAGAAGCGUGACUACACCUUCCCGAUCUACAAUCUACUGGUAAUUCUUGAUUUGUCAAGUAAUAGUUUGGCGGGACAGAUUCCAGAGGAGAUAAGUCUACUCAUUGGGCUUACCAAUCUGAACUUGUCAAAUAAUGAACUCACCGGAGCAAUCCCAAACCAAAUCGGUGAUUUGAGGCAGUUGGACUCACUCGACCUAUCCUUCAAUGAGUUUUCUGUUUCAAUACCAUCAAGUUUGUCAGCUUUAACUUACUUGAGCCACUUGAACUUGUCAUACAACAAUCUGUCCGGUGCAAUACCAUCCGGACAACAGCUACAAGCUCUUGAUAAUCAGAUGUAUAUAUUCAUCGGUAACCAUGGUCUUUGUGGAGAUCCUGUCGGCAGGAACUGCUCAACACAUGAUGUUGAGCAAAGUGGGCUCAAAGAUAUAGAUCAUAUGCCAUCUGUUUAUCUUGCCAUGAGCAUUGGAUUUGUGGUGGGUCUGUGGACGGUUUUCUGCACCAUGUUGAUGAAGAGAACAUGGAGGGCUGCCUUCUUCCAGUUUAUUGAUAUGACAUACGACAUGGUUUAUGUGCAAGUGGCUGUAAGGUGGGCUCGCAUGAUGGAGAAAAUUCAAGAUGGUGCACCAUGAAGUGCCCAACUCCACAACAUGCGAAUUGUUUGUAUCUAAAUAUUAUUUGUAUAUUCACACCAUAUCUCUAUUUGUAACUCUAAAGGGGCCUUGG